ACCCAACAAAAUAAAAAAGAAGUAAACUUUGGCUUCAAAAUCAGAGUUGCAAAUUUUUUUUCAAAGACCCUGAAAUUUUCAGUGAAUGGGGAGAUGGAGAGCAGCUUCUCUUCUCCUCAGGGACAUAGCCAUAACCACCACACCACCCAAAUCUUCUUCUCUUCUUUUCAAGCCUCUCACUCUCUCACGCUCUUCUUCUUCGUCGUCAAUCCCCACUUCCCAAUUCUACUUCUUCCUCAAGUCUAGGCCUCUCUCUGCAAUCCCAUCUCGGGUAUCAAUUGACCCGAAUGAUUUCGAAUCCGGGCCGGCCUAUUGCGCUCAUGAACAACCCAAUGAAGACGACGAAACCGGGAAAAUCCCCAUCAAGGCGUAUUUCCUUUGCACCAGUAUCAAUUUGAAGAGCAUGCAGGCCGAGUAUUUAAGCAAUGUCAUUCCUCCUUCGUCUCGCUCAACCAAUUAUAUUGCACUCAGAUUUUGUGAUUUCCCUUCAGAAAAUAGUAGAUUUGGAGUAUGGGAGAAUCCAAGCUCCUGGCGUUACAUGGUAGUAUUCCAGUAUGGAUCAACUGUUCUGUUUAAUGUUGAGGAGCAUGAAGUUCAGGCUUACCUAAAUCUAGUCAUAAGACAUGCUUCUGGAAUGCUACGAGAGAUGGUAAAAGACGAUUAUGCUGUAAAAGAGAAGCCUCAGCUGGUUGACGAUAUGCAGGGUGGGCCAGACUACAUAGUUCUUAGAACUUUGGACACGGAUAGUAUCCGCAUUAUUGGAAGUGUGCUUGGCCAAAGUAUUGCUUUAGAUUAUUUUGUUUCGCAGGUUGAUGGUAUGGUUGAAGAGUUUGCAGAUAUAAAUCGAGGAAUGGAAAAAACUGGAACUUUUACUAUGCAUAAAAAGAAGCUCCUUCAACUCGUUGGAAAGGCUAACUCAACUCUAGCUGACGUAAUUGUCAAAGUUGGUCUAUUUGAGAGAUCAGAAAUUGCUUGGAGGGAUGCAAAGUAUGCUAAAAUACAUGAAUACCUGAGGGAGGAGUAUGAGGUUACGCAACGAUUUGGAAACUUGGAUUUCAAGUUAAAAUUUGUAGAGCACAACAUUCAUUUCUUGCAAGAAGUCCUACAAAACAGAAAGUCUGAUCUUCUGGAAUGGUGCAUCAUCUUCCUGUUGACUGUAGAGAAUAUUAUAUCACUAUACGAGAUUGUUCGGGAUUCAGGUGCAGUUUCUGGGUGAUCUGGCAAGCAGAUGAGAAACUUGCAGUAGCAUAAUUCACUAUAGGAAACCAAUUUUGUUCUACAGGGAAAAGCGAUCCUUGUGAAUUUGUAGUCUCAAAAAUUCUUAUAUUCAAUCCCAAUUGAAAUGCAUUUCUCAAUAGAGGCAGUAGAAUGUUAACUGCAAGUACUGUAAUCAUUCCUAAAAGAGGAUUCACAUCAAGCCCAAAUGAAGCAAUUGCAUUA